CGCUGCCCGCGGCCGGGGCUGAGCGCGGCGGGAGCCGGGCCGGGCCGGGCCGGGCCGGGCGGAGGCACCAUGCAGGCGCGGCGCUUGGCCAAGCGCUCCAGCAUGGGCAGCCGGCGGCUGAGCGCGGGGCCGGCGGCCGCUCAGGCGGAGGGGGGCCGGCCCCCCAAGCCCGAGAGCGCCUGGAGGCCGCCCCGGCGGGAGGGCUCCGCCGCGGCGCUGGAGGAGGAGGACGAAGACGAGGACGUGGUGGUGGAGGUGGAGGAGGAAGAGGAGGAGGAGGAGGGCGGCCUGGAGAGCCCCCCCCCGGCGCUGACCGGCCACGCCAAGGGCCCCCUCCGGGGCAGCCUGAAGGCAGCCAGCAUCAAGCGUGAAAUGACCUUCCCUGCAUUUCAACAGGACGAUGUAAAAAGUGACAUCAGUCAAAAACUGCCAGACCAACAGUUUCUCCUGUUCACCACAAAGGAGGAAGAUUUAAAAACAGCAGAGACCAAAAAACCAAACAGAGCUCAUGAGUAUGAAAAGGAAAACACUCGUUCUGUUUGUCUUCUGGAACAGAAGCGCAAGGUUGUUUCUUCAAAUAUUGAUGUGCCUCCAGCAAGAAAAUCUUCAGAAGAACUGGACAUGGAUAAAGUAACAGCAGCCAUGGUACUCACCAGUUUAUCCACCAGCCCUUUGGUCCGCAGCCCUCCUGUCCGACCCAACGAAUCCCUAAAUGGAUCUUGGAAAGAAGGAGGAUUUGUGCCUUCUAGUACCAGCAGCAGUGGAUACUGGAGCUGGAACGCUCCCAGUGACCAGUCCAACCCAUCCACCCCAUCUCCACCUCUCUCAGCUGAUAGCUUCAAAGCUUUUCGGACACCUUCCCAGCCAGAUGAUGGUAUUGAUGAAGCUGAAACAAGCAACCUUCUCUUUGAUGAACCCAUUCCCAGGAAGAGAAAGAACUCCAUGAAGGUGAUGUUCAAAUGCCUGUGGAAAAACUGUGGGAAGGUACUGAGCACAGCUGCAGGGAUUCAGAAACACAUACGGACCAUUCACCUUGGACGUGUAGGAGAGUCUGACUACAGUGAUGGAGAGGAGGAUUUUUACUAUACAGAAAUCAGGCUCAACACAGACUCAGUAGCUGAUGGCUUAAGCAGUCUUUCCCCAGUGUCUCCAUCUUUAGCAUCUCCUCCUUCCUUUCCCACCCAAGAUGCAAUCCGUCCUGAAACUUCCUGUGCCAAAACUGAGACUAAAUUGAUGACACCUCUGAGCCGCUCAGCUCCUACCAACCUCUACCUCGUACACACGGACCAUGCUUACCAGGCCACUCCUCCGGUGAACAUUCCAGGUUCAGCAAAAUUCACUCCCAAUGGCAGUAGCUUUAGCAUCUCUUGGCAGUCGCCUCCAGUUACCUUCACUGGCAUUCCAGUCUCACCAACUCAUAAUCGUCCUGCAGGGAGUGGAGAGCAGAAACAGUCCCACACAGUUCUUUCAUCACCGCCUAGAGUAGCGUUUGGCUUGAGGAAGCCUCGAGGGGAGGGGAAAAAGUGUCGGAAGGUCUAUGGGAUGGAGAACAGAGAUAUGUGGUGUACUGCCUGCCGAUGGAAGAAGGCCUGCCAAAGGUUCAUCGACUAAAGAUUGAAAUUAUGCAGAGGAUUUGGGGAUGGGGGAAGGCAACAGCAGAACCAGAUUGCUGCAGCUGCACUGUAUCACUUCCCAUUUUCCCUCCAGUGAUGUGGUGUUGGGGGUUUUGGUUUUCUGGGGUGUUUUUGUUUUUUUAAAAGAGCUUUGUAUUUCAAAGUGAAGCACUUGUAGCCAAGGAGAAGCACUAAUCAAAACCUGUGUGGAGCAAUAUAGAAAAAAAAAAAAAAAAAAAAAAAAGCAAAAUCAAGAACAUACAACAAAAUACUGUCUUAUUAAGUAUGGAAACCAGAGCAGCUAUUAGUGUUUUUCUGUAAAAGAAAGGAAAAAGUUAAUUUUUUUGCUAACUGUGAGCUACUUGCUCCUUAGGAUCACUUUUAACCAUUUCAGUCUCUGUGCUGUGAACGUCUGUUUUUGCUAAACUGAACAAUUUUUCUUUUCCUGAAACGAAGAUUCUUUUUUGAAAGCUUUCUAAUAAACACUUCAGAGUUGUAUAAGCUACAGUUUUCUCAACAAAAGCUGUACUAAGACUGGAGACUGCUAAGUAAUUCUCCUGAUACGGAUGAUCAUGAUUAUAUUAUAUUUUUGGAAAGGGGAUGUGGGGAGGAGUUGGGAUUUUCGUUUGUUUGUUUAUAGGAGAAAAGCAAAAUCUGAAUUGGCAAGAAGGACAAGCAGUGCUCCUGGAAGGUUUCUGAACCGGGCACAGACCAGUGGAGUGGAACAAAGUAAUUUAAGUACCAAAUUGGAUUUUGAUCCUCUAGAGGAAGAAAAGCAGCAGUGGAAAGUCACCAGCAGAUAUUGUCACAACAAGACGUUGAGGGAAGAAAUCCAGUGAUGCCUGAUUGAAACCCAUAAGAAUACGAUGGGGGUCCGGCAGCUUUUCUUGCCGCUCUCCCGUUUCUGAGGGAGGAUGAACAGUUGGACCGGCACGUCUGUUGCUGCAAGAGGCCUAUAAAGAACUGGUAAAUGCAGCCACUAGGAUUAUAUGUAAUACAUAUUCAGGGACACGAUCCAGCCCAGCAGUUCUGCUCUUGCUUCUUUUUCUCUUAUUUGAGAGAUUGUUGUUAAGACGAUGGUUUGCUUAGAUUUUUUUUUUUUUUCCCCCUAUUAAAGUUGCUAAGAUUUAUUUGGCAUGAAACAUUGGGAGAGAAAAUACCCCCUUUCCACAACAUCAUCUCAGAAAAAGAAGUACAGUAGCAAAGGAGCAACAUAUUCAUGGUAAAAGUCCAUUUCUUAACUCAUUUGGAUAUAUGAAUUAAGUUUCUUUACUUUGGAUAGAUUUGGGUACUUUAGUUUCUCUGUCCAUUAGAAAGUAUACACCAGAAUGUGGCAAGCUGGUGUUCUGUCUCCACUUGUAUCUAAUUACCAUUAAUUAACAAUAAUUUCAGUGCAAAAAUAAAGCAUUUACUAGGAUAUGAAUGUAUACAGUUAAACAAUACUUGCCUGUUAAAGAAAACAAGACACCUUGAAAAAAAUCAAAGACACAGAAGCAAAUGUUUGCCUAUUAAUAGAGGCAUGGAGGCCCACAGAUUUCUGGAAUUUAUUUUUUUUUUCAUACCGUCUGAAUGAAAUCAGAUCUUUUUUCUUUUUUUAUAAAUUGUCUAACUUGGCUCGUUCUCACUGAAAUAAGAGGAGGCCACGUAUCUAAACAGCUUUCUAAAAUCUGGUCCAAAGUUUACUUGAUAGCUUUAUUAAGCGUGCAUCGCUGCUUAUGCCUACAUAAAAACGCAAAAUAACAAUGCAGUUGGUUAGAAUACACACUAUGGAUUCGGUAAAGUAGUACUGAGAAGUAAAAUUUAUAAUAGGAGCUACUGAAGGUUAUUAUCUGAUUUUCUUUGAACAAGUUAAUUGGGCAAUCAGACGCCUAAUUUGAGCAUGCUAUUUCUGCAGUUGUUUACAAAUUGUGUAAUUUACAUGCACAAGUGGCAAGAUAUGCUUGCAUGCAUGCAAUUAAUUGAUUUUUUGCCCGGUUGUGUUCUCUAAAUCAUUUAAAAAAAAAAAAAAAAAAGAGUCUGAAAUCUAGUAAGACCCUGAAAUAUAUACACAGAUGUGUGUGUAUGAGUUUUUAGAUACAAAAUCUGGGAUCAACAGGGAGGAGAAAGAUUGUUUUCUUCAUAAAUAUAAAAACCAAGACCCUGAAGGUCAAUGGGUAUACAUAGCUAGCCACUGUAUUAUCUUCUUUCCUCUUAGUAAAAUGUGGGUCAUAGGUUUUCUCUGGAUGUUGUAUUUUUUCAUUUUCCAUAGUAAAAUACCUGAUAGUAAUUCAUAGUCAUUUCAUCUUCAAACACUGAGCUUGCUGAUGGUGUAUUUACUUUGGUAGAACUUAGAAAAUUUGGGACUUUUCCAAGAUACUCCUGCCAAUUUCCCCACCCCCAUUUUUACAAGCACUUCAAGACUAAUUAUAAACCAUUCCAUAAUUAAUUUGACUAUUGUUAGACUGACAGUAUUUGCCUAUCUAUUUCUUGUUCCCCUCCUUUUAUAUUUUCCCUUUUUGCUCUGGAGGAUUUUUUGGAAAAUAAUGUAUCAGAUUGUAUAUUGUUUCUAUAAUGUCAUGGCAUUGUGAGCACCUUUCCCGAGGGCACUUUAUGCAUUAUUGUAAUAAGAUUAUUCUUUAUAAAUUUCUGCACAGAAGAAUGGUUUUGUCGCCAGACCGGAUUGCCCUCUGGUACAAAUUUGACAUGGCACAAAACCCACAAAUCACCAAAACAGGAUAGAAAAUCGGUUGUUAACAAAACAGAGGACAGAAGAUACUUGAUACAUCCUGCCAGGACAGACCUAAAUUGCCAGUAUUUUUACACAACCUUUAACCAGCAGUUUCUAUUAAAUCAGUUUUGCAUCUUA